ACUUAAUUGUAUAUUCAACUGUGUUCUCUAAAGCAACCAAUAUUGAUAUGGAAUAUAAGAGUAAGCUCAAAAUAGUGCCAAAUAAAAAUGAAGUCAAAGUGGAGCCACUCCCAAUGGAAACUACUCAGCAACACCAUCUAUUGAAACUAAGAGCACUGUUAACAACAUAG